AUGAGCGAGCUGUCCACCACCUCCGUUUCGAUGGUCACAGCGCCCAGUGACGCCAGCACGGUGCCCGACCUAGCAGCGCUGGCACGCGACCUCGCGCGCUCGCGGCGCAGGCAGCGUGCGCACGUCGCGGACAUUCUCGCGUCCCGGCACAACCAGGAGGUGACGCUCGAGGCCAUCCUCCGCCUCGAGAAGGUCAAGGAGGAGAGCUUUAACGCCCUUCGGCAGGCGCAGGCAGAGCACCACGUCCAGCUGCGUGCCUUUAUCGACAGUAUCGAGGCGACCUACGGCCGCACGCCGGGGAGCGGAGGGCCAGUCCCGCCCCCAACUACACCUGCACCUCUGGACGCGACAGCACCGCCAGCUCCCCCUGGGUUCCCCACUCCGCCCCCUCGCCGCGCCACCGAGAGCCUUCUCGGCCUCGGCGUGGACGACGAAAACGCCGGGCUCGAGAUCGCCCAGAGCGAAUCAGACUCCUCGACCGAGACGGGGGGUGUCGAGCCGGGCGAGCUGAUGGCCGACCACACGGUACCCCCUAGCGACAGCACACCGUUUAGCAAUGUCGCACAAGUCGGUCGCCACCGCCCCUACUUUGUCCUCAAUCCGUCACCCGAAUCCACCCCGAGGCCGCCGGCACCCUCGCUCCCCCGCUCACCACUCGAGCUGUCCCCUGCGCCUACCAUCACGGUUGCUCGCCCGACCCGAGUGGUUCUGGACGAUACCGACGGUCUUACCGAUAACACCUACGCGACAGCGACCGAGCCGGGAUACCACGUCGACACCCGCACGACGAGGCACCACCGCCAUGCCCCCGGGGCCAACACUUCGGCCCAGCCCCAGCCCCAAGUCCCCUACUGCUGCGACUGGAACUGGUACGACGUGUGCUACCGUGGCACCUUCUGCCCCCGUGGUGCAUGGCACGCAUGCUGGAACUGCCACCCCGCCGGCGAGCCGGCCCAGCACCAGGCGAGGGAUUGCCGUAAGGUCUUGGCCCCGGGGUCGUUCCGCUGGGUCGAGUGA